AUGGAUACAAACGGCAAUGGCAAGAAAGGUCUACCUCGGCUUAGGGACAUCAUUAGACGUCAACAACAAGAUUCUGAUUGUUAUUUUCAGGGAGGCGGCGCGGACUUCCCCGAUUUGGAAUUCACCUACGACGACACCGAUAACCAUGUUAACGAGAUCGCUGAGCUCUACAGCUACACCGAACAGCCGGAGCUCCAGCUCAACGUCAAAGCCUUCGAGGACCAAAUGGAAAUCUACGACUUCCCUCCUAGCUGGCAGAAAUUACCAAGUGAAAAUCGGAAAUCGGUAGUCAUGAAGCUCCUGGACCAACUGGAAGUCAGCAGCAAGCCUUUGAGGAUGAGAAGCGCCAGGUGUUUGUUGUACAUAGCCCAAGGUUGUUGGGCCGAGAUGCAGUCGGACGCCGAGCAGCAACAGUGGGCUAGGAACAAUUCCAUUUUGCUUUAUCAAUUGGGAGUUUUCGGUGCGUUUACGGAUUUAUUGAACAUCGAGUUCGAAAAUAGCACUGCAGCGCAUGUGGCUAUGAGAAAAAUCGCUAUAUCAUUAGCUGAUUCUCAAGACCUCAGGGUUAUAUUAUCCGUAUUAUACACAAUAACUGAAGUUAUGAGACACGAGAAGAGCUUGGGUUCCACGGAAUUCGAGGGUGAUGUCGAUGCUUUUUGUAACGAAAUAGCUUAUUCUGCGAGCGACGACCUCCUCAUCAUUAAACUGUUGAGCAUGGUGACGAGAUUCUGCAGUGGCUCGGCCCCCCAUUUUCCUAUGAAGAAGGUGCUAUUACUACUUUGGAAGCUCAUCCUAGUUUCUUUAGGAGGAAUGAAUACUUUAAGGGACUUAAAAUUAGAUAAACGAAGGGAGUUCGGACUUCCCUACUACAAUGAAGACACGAUGGAAAUAGCGAAAACCAUGAGGUCUUCUUCGCCGCCCGCGAGCGCUUCGGAUCUACUCGAAGCUCAGAAUCAAAAGAGGAACACCAGGCCGUUCCGAAGGAGUCUAAUGAAACAGAGUAGUUUAGACGAUCACGAUACUUUAGGAAUGGAGCUAGAUUCUAGUAUGGGAGGCGAAAACGGCGAAGACAUGAACGAGCUGUCGGAAUUCGACGAGAGAAGGCCGGCCAACGAGACGAACGAUCAGAUGUACACUUACAACCACGAGACCUACAGGCCCAUUUCGCCCCCUUCGCCCAACGCUUUAGUGCUCCCCAAAGGCUUGCCUUGGAAACCGAAAGUUCGCCAGAAAGACAUCGACCUGUUUCUAGAUACUGCCAGAUUAAAAUUCUUAGGUUACAGCCUUCCGGGCGACAGGACAACAUUGUUCGGUCUACCUGAGCCUAUUCACGAAGGAGUUAAAACGUUGAACGAUCAUAUUUAUACGUCUUUGGCGGAGUUGCAAGUGCAGAAAGAGGAGGAAAUAGCGCGGAAUCCCAUUUCAACGAGCGAAGGCGAAAUAGAAAUGACUGCUACUGAGAUUUUGUACCAAGCGAUGCUGCCGAAUCUUCCCCAGUACAUGAUAGCCUUGCUGAAAAUCCUGCUAGCAGCCGCGCCUACUUCGAAAACCAAAACAGACUCCAUCAACAUCAUGGCCGAUGUACUCCCUGAAGAAAUGCCGAUGACAGUAUUGCAGUCGAUGAAGCUCGGUAUAGACGUUAACAGGCACAAGGAAAUCAUCGUGAAAGCCGUUUCGGCUAUCCUGUUGUUGCUGUUGAAGCAUUUCAAGUUGAAUCACGUGUACCAGUUCGAAUUCAUGUCUCAGCAUUUGGUGUUCGCCAAUUGUAUUCCGCUGGUUCUGAAGUUCUUCAAUCAGAACAUAAUGGCUUAUGUAGGAGAGAAGAACGCAAUACCGAUUUUGGAUUUCCCUUCGUGCGUGAUCGGCGAUCAGCCGGAGCUGACCUCGGAGAGCUUGGAAAUCGGCGAUUCGGCCGCUUUCUCCUGGCGGAACAUGUUCUCCUGCAUAAACCUGCUUAGAAUAUUAAAUAAAUUAACUAAAUGGAAACAUUCUAGAAUAAUGAUGCUUGUGGUAUUCAAAUCGGCGCCGAUAUUGAAGCGAACGUUGAAAGUUCGACACGCCAUGACGCAGCUAUACGUCCUUAAAUUGUUGAAAAUGCAAACCAAGUAUUUGGGAAGGCAAUGGAGAAAGUCCAAUAUGAAGACAAUAAGUGCUAUCUAUCAAAAAGUUAGGCACCGCCUUAACGACGACUGGGCAUAUGGAAAUGAUUUGGAUGCUAGACCGUGGGAUUUCCAAGCGGAAGAAUGCGCUCUUAGAGCAUCAGUCGAUAGAUUCAAUAAUCGUAGAUAUACGCAAAUAAAUGAUAGCGAUUUUGAGCCUGUAGAUAAUUGUCUGAACAGCGUGUUAGGAACAAACCAUGACUUAUCCGAGAGCUUUAAGAAACACUACGAAUUGUGGUUAGAACAGGAGGUAUUUGGUGUUCCUAUCGAAUGGGAUAACUUAUUAGAGGGUGAUAAAUAUAAAUAG